UGUUACAAAAAACAUCACGGAAAUGACCUAGCAUAUAUCAGAGCAACGCACAUCAAAACUAGGAUAUUCUGUCUUGGAUAUUCUGUUGUGACUGAAUGACAGUUAGAAUACUUAUUUGACCUUAAAAUUAGCGUACCUCUACUUGACCAUCAAAUUUUAGGCCGUAUUUCUCCUAAUGAUCUCUCAGAAACAUCUUUUGAAAGAAGAACUUAUAUUUUUUUAGCGAUCUCUACACUGACCUGUUAAAACCAUAUUAAUACAUAUCUGUCUUUUCUGAGAUACUAGUGACCUUUGGCUACUAGACCGUAAAGACAUUGUUCGGAAGCUUAGUUUUUGACACAAUCACUUGAAAUGAUUGUUCACCAUAUUUUUUAAUCAUUCAGUAGAAGGUCACGUAGCUUUUGGAAAUUCAAAAAGCGUACCACCUAUCGCGAGAGUAUACUAGUUGAACUGCUUUCAAUAAUUGUCUUUCAAAAUGAAUGCUGACAAAGCGGACCCACCAUAUCCAAAGUCUCCGGAUCUCGACGGUCUUCCGCAACCAUAUCCCCCCCAAUAUCCUGAUACGGUAGUUGUGGAACAGCCUUGUCCGAUAAUCACCGAUUCACAUUUUGUUCCCGGACCAGAUCCAGUAAAUACCGUGUGUCCAUAUUGUCAUAAAGAUGUUACAACUCUUGUGACCUACAAAACAGGAAUAUUAACAUGGGCGGGAUGUUUUGGGAUUUUUAUAAUUGGUGGGAUAUUUGGUUGUUGUCUUAUACCAUUCUGCUGCGAUUCCUGUAAAGACGCUGAUCAUCGUUGUCCAGUAUGCAAUCGUGAUUUAGGUUUAUACCGUCGCUGCUAGAAUCGACAAUAAAGUAAAAUCAAGCUUAUCAGUCAAUCUUCAUUGACAUUACUUUUUUUAUGCAGAUGAUAUUAUCAUUCAGAAAAUGUCAUUCAAUACAUUAUCUCUGGUGGUAAAGACUUCAUUUCAUUUCGUAACGAAGGAAUUAAAGGGGGAUUGAAUGUUGGAUUUAAUCAUGGUCAUUAAAAUCACAAUAAAAUUUUCAUUUUCUUGGUAUUUUCGUGAAACAUAAAACGGUGACUAAUAAUAUAAAUUGAAUGAUACUUGCGGUUUCUUUCAAUUGCCUUUUAAAAUAUAUCCUUGAGAGAUGGCUGUUAAUAUCUCAAUAUAAACAUAACGAUAAAAGAAAUAAAGCUUGCUAUAUCAGUUCACCGGUCAUAAUCAAUGUAGGACCUGAUACAAAUGUCAAUUGCUCUAAGAUGUUAUAUUACAUCAGUGCCUUAAAAUGAAGUAAACACCAAUUGUAUAAGAGAGUGAACGAAAU